AAAGCAGACUCGUAGGGCUCGCGCAUGCGCGGCACUUAUUGCGUUUCCGGUACGUAUUGCGUAAUGACGGCUGUGUUUCACGUAUAAAACAGUUAAACGGGUUCACGGCGAAUAUAACAAAGAACACCUCAAAAUCUCGUCUUUCGUAAAGCUUACGGUACGGAAGUUGAGUUUGGAGCGAUACCUGAUGUGAAGAUUGAAGACGUGAUAGAAGAUGAACCACUGCUAUGCUAAGAUGGCGACGUCCAUUCAAAGAGAAGGUGGAAGAGAAUCAGAUCCACCAACUCCCAGCAAAUCAUCAACGGAGAAAAAGCCCCAAACUGCAGAUAACGACGUCCAGCAGCUGAUUGGUUGUCAAGAAGAACGCCCUCCUGAGCCGCAGGGGUGGAGCUCCACUUUGAAGCAGCAAGCUGCACAGUCUCCCCACAUUAAAGAGGAAGAGGGGGAACUCUGGACCACUCAGGAGAGAGAGUGUCUUCUCGGACCGGAGGAGGAUGCCAAGUCAUACAUCCAGCAGCUGAUUGGUUGUCAAGAAGAAUGUCCCACUCAGCUACAUGGGGUUAGCUCCACUUUAAAGCAGGAAAAUCGAGAGCACACACACAUUAAAGAAGAAGAAGAAGAAGAGGAGGAACUCUGGACCACUCAGGAAAGAGAGUGUCUUCUCGGGCCGGAGAAGGCUGAUCUCACCAAGUUCUAUGUGAAAACUGAAGACCAUGAAGACAAACCACCUGAGUCCUCACAGCUUCAGUACAAUCAAAGUGAGGAUAACAAAGGGGCGGAGCCUCCAGGCAGCAGCUCACCACAACACAUGACACCAGAAGCUUAUGGAGACUCCUGUGGAGGCUCACAAGCAGACAACUUGUUAUCUCCACUAUCAGAUCGUGACAACACGUCACACUGUCCUGAGGUUGAAUACAGGGAUAACACCCAAGAACCUUUGAGCAGUGAUACAGAUUGUGAAGGUGAUAUGAAUAUAGACGCAGAGUAUAAACGGUCUGAAUGCUCUAAAAAGAAGACGGAUAAAAAACGUUGGACCUGCUCAUUUUGUGCAAGAAGAUUUUCUUUUAGGUGCCAUUUGACCGAACACCUGAUAACACACACAGGAAAAAAACGUUAUGAUUGUUCUGUUUGUGGUCAAAGAGUCGCUGAUCAGUCAUCUAUGGUACGACACAUGAGAACGCACACAGGGGAAAAACCUUUUCGUUGCUCAGUUUGUGGUAAAAGAUUUGCUCUGAAGGCUACUGUUCUUUCACACAUGAGAACGCACACAGGAGAAAAACCUUUUGGUUGUUCUGUUUGUGGUCAACGUUAUGGUCACAGAUGCAGUCUGAUUCGCCACAUGGUAAGACACAGAACAGAAAAACCCUUUAGUUGCUCAGUUUGUGAUCAAAGAUUCUUUCAAAAGGCACAUGAGAUAUCACACAUGAGAAUGCAUACAGGUGAAAAACCUUUUGGUUGUUCUGUUUGUGGUCAAAGAUUCAGUCGAAAGGUCCAUGUGGUAUCACACAUGAGGAUACACACAGGAGAAAAACCGUUUAGUUGUUCAGUUUGUGAUAAAAGAUUCAUUCGGAAAGGAGAUGUAGUCAGACACAUGAUAACACACACACGAGAAAAACAUUUUAGUUGUUCUGUGUGCGGUCAAAGAUUCUCUCUGAAGUCUACUCUGGUAUUACACAUGAGAACUCACACAAGGGAAAAACCUUUUUGCUGCGCAGUUUGUGGUCAAAGAUUCUCUCAAAAUACAUCUAUGGUAAGACACAUGAAAACACACACAGGACACAAACCUUUUAGAUGCUCAGUUCGUGGUAAAAGCGUCUCACACAAACAAAACAUGGUCACAGACAUGAGAACGCAAACAGGACACAAACCUUUUAGUUGCACAGUUUGUGGCAAAAUUUAUUCUGGUAAGAAAAGAUUGACAACACACAUGCAGACACACAAUGGAUAAUAAACUUUUUACUGGCCAGUUUGUGCAAAAAGAUCAAAUGUCACAAGUGUAAUGUCCCACAUGAGAAGCUUCUAGAAACUGGUGGUCUGUUGUGUCUAUGAUAGCUGAUUUCCUCAUGAGUUAGUGUGCUGUUCAUAACAACAGUGACACAACCUUGAUUGGUUGAGGACAGCAUUGAGUUUGGACUGAGUCACAUUGAGUCACCUUCUUUUGGACUACAAAAGUGUCAGCCAGUGAUCAUGAAAUUGUGUUUGCGUUGUUACAAUGUGCUAUAAUAGUACAUGCUCUCAGGGAAUAAGUUACCAAGUGUUCUUUCACUUUGCAAAACGUUUAAAUCUGCUUGAUAUAGAAACUGUGCUGUGACAAACAAGAUUAUGAAGACAGUGACUGGGUGUCCUUUUUUGCUACAAAAUGGAAUAUUUUAUUGUAUUUCUUAGUAAAUGAACAAUAUGAUGCAUGGCUAUAAAAGGAUAGGGAUAGCUAGAUGAAGCAAUGUGACAUCAAUGUAAUUAGACCAAAAUAACAAACGUCACACUCUAACAUCAGUGGCUCCAUGUCCACACCAAGACUCUAAAUGGAUAGGACUGUCACUGGUAUCCACUUGUAGGGUAGUGCCCUGUGCAGGUUUGAGAGCCUUGAUGGUGAGCAGAAUCCAGAAACACUGCAUUCCAAACAUGUCCUCGGCACACUGUUAGACCAGUGGCGCAAUUAGUGGUGUAACAGUGUGCACAAUUAAUAGAGGAUCCAAAAGACCAGGGCCCGUACUUACAGUACACGCAAGGUAUGGUACCUUCUGUAAAAAAAAAACUAGGGAUGUCAAAAACCAAUAUUGUCCAACUCUCAAUUUCGGAUUAUGAUAUCAACUGAUACCGAUUUGUGUAACAUCACAUUUAUUUUUCUAAAAAAUUGUAAAAUUGUUGUCAAGCAAUACUCUUAAAUGAGCACAGUUGUUUUAUUUGCUACUCCACCCAUCUCUGAGUAGAUAAUUAAUGUAUUACAAAUUUAGAAUACAUUUGUGUUUCUUGUGCCUUGAUUUAUGUUAAUUUUGGAAAGAUUGAAUUCAUUUUUAAAGGGGUAUCGUUUAAAAUACAUGAAUUUGCUGAUUAUUUUGAUUCUUAUUUUAUUGCAUUAAAACUACUAUAUACUGUAUACAGUAAAAAUAGACUAUGGUUUUUCGGCACUACUUUGUGCUCUAUGGCUGAUGUAAUGUGAAUUACUACUGUGUUGGGUCAAUAAAGUU